AACAGAGAGUAGAAGAUGUCCGACUGAUCCGGGAGCAGCACCCUAACAAGAUCCCUGUGAUCAUCGAGCGGUAUAAAGGAGAAAAGCAGCUUCCCAUCCUGGACAAGACCAAGUUCCUGGUGCCGGACCACGUCAACAUGAGCGAACUCAUCAAGAUCAUCAGGAGGCGCCUCCAGCUGAACUCAAACCAGGCUUUCUUCCUGCUGGUGAACGGCCACAGCAUGGUGUCCGUGUCGGCUGCCAUCGCCGAGGUGUACGAGCGGGAGCGGGACCAAGACGGCUUCCUGUACAUGGUGUACGCCUCCCAGGAGACCUUCGGCUCCGUCGCGACCACCCAGUGAACCGCCUCCCAUCUUCUUCCGCCUGGCCGGCAAUUGGACAAUUGUAGUUUUUAGCCCCACCCCCGUGUCUCUUACUCACACGUUUAUAGUCUCGACUGUAAGAUUUAAAACACAAACGACUAAAUCUAAGUACAGCGUCUGAUCUUUCCUGCAGCGAGCAGAUCAACUGGUUGUUAACCUCAGCAGCGUUUAAGCCACAAGGGUUGAACAGAGCAGGAGAAUUAAAGGAGACAUAUGAUGCUGUUUCAGUUUCAGACAAAAGUUUGUUGAGGGACAGGAAGCUCCUCUCCGCCAGAAAACACCGAAGCUCCUGAAACAUCUCGUCGGUCGCUCAGGCGAUGCUUCCCGGGGGGGGAUCGUGAUGUCACUAUAACGGCCAGCAUCUGCAUAACACAUCUGUCGCCGAGCCCCUUCGAGGCAGCAUGUGGUGCGAACCGCACAGUGAUGUGAGCUCGGCUUUACACAGACAGGAGCUGAAACCGAGUGUUGGUGUCAGAAGCUGAAGAGAGGAGCUGCAGCAGUAUGUGUCUGAGCAGAAUAUGUCUCCUUUAAGUAGAGCAGCCCUCGAGUCCCACCGUGACUCAGGCCGAGCAAGUCUUUUACUGUGUCUCUGCUUCUGUAUCGUCUCCUCUGGUGACUCCUGUGCUGCCUGUUGACGGCAGUUCUCCUCAGUGUUAUGUGUGUGUGUGCACAUAUUUAUGUUAAUGUACAGUGGGGGGGGCAUAGGUUUGGCUUUUAAAGUAGUGAUGUUACAUAAAGUACAGGGGGCCCCACCACUUGUCUAAACAUAUGUUAGCCAAUGAACAAAGCUGGAUGUUGUCGGAGACGAGGCAGCAGAGAACGCUUUGUGGAUUCAAGUUGUUUUUAAUGAAGCUUUUUUAUCGCAGUCUGAGGUUAAAGUGUUUUGGGAGUUGUAGGCUUUUAUUUUGCCAGGGAGAAACCCCCGUUCUUCGAAGCUUCUGCGACGUGUGUCUCGUCACAUUCCCUGCACGGUCCUGCUUCGGUGUUUUUAUCCCUCCCUGCCUUGUAGCCGGAAGAAGAAGCGUGUUCUUAACGGUAACGCAAAAAAAAAAAAAAAAAAAGGUUUAAUAGGAAACUGCUUUGCUCUUGAAACUGACGAUUGUAGUUUGCAAAGAAAAUAAAGGCCUUGGUGUACAGAUGACUAUAA